AUGGCCCUCACCACCCGCGACCCCCUUCCCACCGAGAUGCGCGACCUCAUCUUCGAGUAUCUCCAGACGACCACCGACAAACCCACCCUUGCUACCCUGGCGCGCGUCUCCCGAAAGCUAUACGCCGAGUCAAUCCCUCGCCUGUACGAGAGGGUCCAUCUCACUGCCUCCAAUGCGGAGGCCUUCUUUGGUCGCCUCAUAUCCGAUGGUCUGAGUGGUAUCGACGAAGAGAUCGCUGCUCAUAAGCAGCACCUCCCUCACUACAUCAGGCAACUCUGGUGGCAGGAUCAGCACAGCCGCUUCAUCCCAUGCCCUAUCGCGCGAAAGGUCCACGCUGCGGCCUUGACCUACCUCCAAGAGGCUGCGACUUCCUUCGACCAUCUCUAG